UCCUCAUCGUUUCUCUCUCUGCUCUCUCUCUCCCUCUCGCCUCUCCAAUGGAGGUUACCUCCACCUUCAUCUCUUCCAGAUCGUCAAAAUAUCUUACCUUAACUUCCUACUCUCCGGUGAUUCUUCCGGCUUCUAGUCUCCGCUCCAUCCGUACUGAUUUCCUCGGCUGCUGCCACAGUCUCCGUCCUCCUCAUCUUCGAACGCGCGCCGGAAAACGGAAAUCUGGUCGUUCUUCAAUCCGAUCGCCUCGUUUAGUCGUCAGAGCUUCUCUCGACUCUGGUUUGAUCCUUGUUGUUGUUGCUGUUACCGCUUUUUCCGCCAUUGCUUUCGCUUACUGCCAACACACUUUCAGAAAACGGAAAAUUUCCGAUAAGGUUGUAGCAUCUUCUGCAACGCGUCAUGAUGGAAAAAUCAGUACUGAGAAUCGGCGGGAAACGCAACAUUUAGAUGGUGGAGAUAUUCAUACUGUGGAAAUUAAUGGAGGUUUCAGAAAGAGGGAGGAAGAAAGUGUGAAAUUGGUGGAAGAGGAGGCUCAUCAAGUCCAGGAAACUGCUGUGAUGGAGUAUGAUUCAUUUUCGGCCAAACAAACCGAUAUGGCAGCUGAGGAUUCUCAGUUUGCCGUUGCCAGUGUCAGCACAAUUGCCAAUGAACAUGGUUUUAGAGAUGAAUCUAUGAGUAAUGGAUUUGUUGCUUUGGAAUCAGCUACAGUGGGAGCAAAAACAGCUGAAAAACAAGUUGAAAACAGCCAAGAACAAAAGGUUAUGGACUAUGCAGUGGUGGGAGUUCAUUCGAUAUCUUCUUCACAUGUGGUAGAUGAUACACGUGCUCUUGAGUAUGAGUAUAAUGGUUUAAUCCAGAAGCCCAUUGAAUACAGCAUCUUCACGGAGACUAAGAGAGAAGAGAUUCACACAUUUUAUGGGUCUAAUCAUUCACCACACAAGUCUUCAAGGUUGAAAAGUCUUAAAGCAGUCUCUCCUACUGUUACUUCUUCUGCAACUGAUACAUUGUUGGACCACAAGAACAAUGGAAUAAUUAAUACUCAGUUCUCAGGACAAAUUUCUGGUCAGGCUAUUGGAUAUGUUGAAGAAAAAGAACUUGUGGCACACGGUAAUGGCGGUGUGUCCCAUAAAAGGGAAGAUGUAGGAAGAGACUGGAAACUUCCUGAUGACGCGAAGCAUGUGGUUCACCAAACUGAUGAAAGCAUGCCUCAGUUCCCCGCUCAGCUUAAUAGUAAUGGGCGUUCUCCAGAAACUAGUGAUGCUUACUACCGUUUACUUAGAGAUGGGAGGCUAAAGGAUUGCAUAAGCGUACUUGAAGAUUUGGAGAAAAAAGAUCUAUUGGACAUGGACAAGAUUUACCACGCGAGCUUCUUUAAAAUCUGCAAGAAGCAAAGGGCUGUCAAUGAAGCAUUUCGCUUUACUAAGUUGAUUCCAAAUCCAACCUUAAGCACCUUCAAUAUGUUAAUGUCUGUCUGUGCAAGCUCACAGGACAUAGAAGGAGCUCGGAAAGUUUUAUACCUGGUGCAAGAGAGUGGUAUGAUGGCUGAUUGCAAACUUUACACAACUUUGAUAUCAAGUUGUGCUAAAAGCGGCAAAGUUGAUGCAAUGUUUGAGGUGUUCCACCAGAUGGCUAAUUCUGGAGUGGAACCCAAUCUUCACACUUUUGGUGCACUUAUUGAUGGCUGUGCUAGAGCUGGACAAGUAGCUAAGGCAUUUGGUGCUUAUGGAAUUUUAAGGUCUAAGAAUGUUAAGCCAGACCGGGUUGUAUUCAAUGCCCUCAUCUCUGCAUGUGGACAAUCAGGAGCUGUGGACCGUGCUUUCGAUGUGUUAGCUGAAAUGAAGGCUGAGACGCAUCCUAUAGACCCUGAUCAUAUCACGAUCGGUGCAUUGAUGAAGGCAUGUUUUAAUGCUGGUCAGGUCGAACGAGCUAAAGAAGUAUACAAGAUGAUCCAUAAAUAUGGAAUAAGGGGUACCCCAGAAGUCUAUACUAUUGCUGUGAAUAGUUGCAGCAAGUCUGGGGACUGGGAUUUUGCAUGUAGCAUAUACAACGACAUGAAAGAGAAAGGUGUUAACCCUGACGAGGUGUUUUUUAGUGCAUUGAUCGAUGUUGCAGGACAUUCAAAAAUAUUAGACGAAGCUUUUGGCAUUCUUCAGGACGCGAAAUCUCAAGGAAUACGUCUGGGAACUAUAUCAUAUAGCUCACUGAUGGGAGCUUGUUGUAAUGCGAAAAAUUGGAAGAAAGCACUGGAGCUCUAUGAAAAGAUCAAGUCAAUCAAACUUAUACCAACUGUUUCAACAAUGAAUGCCCUUAUAACUGCCUUGUGUGAAGGUGGUCAACUGCCCAAGGCUAUGGAAUAUCUUGAUGAGAUCAAGACUUUGGGAUUAACACCAAACACUAUCACUUACUCUAUGCUCAUGCUGGCAAGUGAAAGAAAGGAUGACUUUGAGGUAAGUUUCAAGCUCCUUUCUCGAGCAAAAGAAGAUGGAAUAUCACCAAACUUCAUCAUGUGCAGAUGCAUAACCAGCCUGUGCAAGCGAAGGUUCGAGAAGGCUUGCGCUGCUGGUGAACCUGUUGUGUCUUUCAGAUCAGGGCGGCCUCAAAUUGAAAAUAAAUGGACAUCAAUGGCUUUAAUGGUUUACCGUGAGACAAUUUUAGGUGGUACGGUUCCAACUACAGAAGUAGUUUCACAAGUUUUGGGAUGCUUGCAACUUCCACAUGAUGCUGCUUUGCGGGAUAGGCUGAUUUCGAAUUUAGGCAACAUUUCUUCACAAAAACAACAUAAUAUAUUCCCCCUAGUUGAUGGAUUUGGAGAGUAUGAUCCUCGUGCAUUUUCACUGCUUGAGGAGGCUACUUCUCUUGGAGUUCUUCCUUCAGUGUCUUUCAAUAAAGUUCCAUUAUUUUUUGACACUACAGAAUUGCCGGAAAACGUGGCUGAGGUUUACCUCUUAACCAUCUUUAAAGGUCUUAAGCAUCGCCUUGCAGCUGGUGCGAAGAUACCUCAUAUUAAUUUGAUCAUUUCCAUGGAAGAGAAGGAAAUUACGAGUCCUGAAGGAGAGAAGACAAUUGACCUUGCAGGAAGGGUGGGACAAGACAUUUUUGCAUUGUUGAGAAGGUUGGGGAUACCUUAUCAUAGAAAGGAAUCAAAAUUAAGAAUCAAUGGUGUUUCUUUGAAGAACUGGUUUCAACCAAAGGUUGAUUCGCCCUUCUCUACAAAACCAAGGGAUUUAAGAUCAUCACAAGUACCACUAGGAAACCAAAUUACUCGUCAGCAACGCAGCAUUCGACUAGGGAACCUUUCACUUGAGUGAGAAACUGAGAAGGCGUCUCUCAUUUUGAACCUUAACCUCAGAGAGUUUUUUUUUCACACGCAACUUCAUACUCAGUUACAUGUCACAUCACAUUCCUCCAGCAUCGCAGCAGAAGAUGAACAUUCAAGUUUUGCUUCAUUACUUUUUCUGCAUAAGCUUAUUUCUUGCGAUCCACAUGAGGAUGUUGCAUAGUGACAGGAAGUUAAUUGCAUGGUAAAACAGUUGUUCUGUAUAUCUUUAAGUUUGUAUUUAUUCAGAAAUAAAUGGUAAAUGAUUCUUUAAAA